GCAACCACGGGGACACGUGGCAUGUCUCGGCCAGCAGGGGGCAGGGACAUGCUGCCCGUCUGUCCUUGCGCAGGCUUUAGCUUGCCGCCCGCCCCGAGCCCCCGCUGAGGUCCACAUUAUCCCCAUUUUGUAGUUGAGAAAACAAUCACACAAGGGCCUGGGUUGGAAGGGCAGGUCUGAGGCCAACUGCACAGCUUGUAAGGAGAGUGUGGAAGGGGAGCUGCCUUGUGCCACACGGUGGUUGGGACGGAAAGAGAACACGUGUCAGACCCGAACAGCGGUGUCCCGUGCCACCUCCGCCACCUCCAGGUCUGCUGCUUCACCCUGUCCAGCACUACCCUAGACCCAGCAGGGACCGCAGCACCGUGCGGUGCCAGAGCCCGCGAGGACAGCCUGGGGUCCACGAGGACCAGAGAGCCAGUGCUGCACGUAUGUGCACACACGCGCAUGCAAAUGUUCAGGUGCCACGCACUGCCUACGUGUCAUGCGUUUGUGUGUGUGGUGUGUGCAGGUACAGUGCAUCGAGUGUGUGUUCUGCACAUGUGUGCACGUCCCGAGAGCACCAUGCAGCGGGGGCCCUCCCCACAGGCAGGCAGCAAAGACCAGAUCCCAGACCACCUCCUAUAAACAUCUGCCAGGCCCCAGCCAGGGUGGGGUCCACCUGGAGCUCUCCCACUCCACUCCAGGGGCGUCUGCAGCCUCCCCCGGUUCUUCUGGGUGCCUAAUGGGCACAUCCACCCCUGAGCCUGGUGUCAGGUCCCCAGGCGCCCAGAGGCUAAGUAGGAAUGCUGGCAAUCCGUUGAGGCUCCCCUGCACACACCUGGUGCUGACCCAGCUUCAGAGGCCCAUUUGGUUAUGGCCUUUCCUCCCUCAUUUGCAUGCACUGUCCUGCAGGCCCAGCUGUGACUUUUGUCCCCAGAGGGAGGCACCUGCUGUGUCAAGAGCCUGGGCUCGGUGUGGGCACAGCCAGGCUCAGGGUCCCCAAAGUUUCCAGGCCUCAGAUACUUAGCAGGGCAACAGCCCAGACCUUCCAGUUGCACUGUUCCCACCUUGGGGCCCUCCCCACCCCAGCCACAGGGUGGAGACCAAGCUGGCGGGCUGGUCUGUCCCCCGAGGCUGUAGAUGGAGUUCCCCACCCCUGGCUGCUAACCGCCCUCUCCAGGGCUGGAGACAGGUGUUUCUGUACCUACUCCUCGGGGCACUGGCACCCCCUACAGGCAGCUGGAGACCCCAGGACCCUCUCCCAGAGACAUCCUGAGUGUUCUCCCUCCCUUCCAGGAAUGGGGUGGGUGCAGAGCGGUUUGGGCACAGGCAGGUAACAAGAUCAUGGUCCGUGGUUGCUCAGCCAGGGAGCCUGGUUGUGACAUCAGGAUCAAAGAGUCCAGAGAGUUGCAAACCUACUGGGCGGGGAAUCAAGGGUGUCUCCAGGGGCCCCCCGGGCUCAGCAGGUGCAGACAGGCGAGGACUUUGCUAAGCAAAUUCCCUGCACACACCCUACCCCACUUCAUCAUAUCUGGGGCCCCCACCCCGUUCUCUCAUUUGCCAUCCCUGCCAUGCCCGGCCUCGCUCUCCUGGGCCUCGCGGCUCUCCUGGGCCUCACGGCUCUCUUGGGCCAUGGGGAGGGCGCAACGUUGUGCUUGUCACAGCAGCUCAGGAUGCAGGGGGACUAUGUGCUGGGUGGGCUCUUCCCUCUGGGCUCUGCCGAGGGCACAGGUCUUGGCGACAGGCUGCAGCCCAAUGCUACCGUGGGCACCAGGUAGGAAUGCAGGGGGUGGGGAGCGAGGCUGGGAGUGGCUCGGGUUGGGGGUGCUCCCGAGUGGCGAUGAGGCCACCCGCAGCCCUGUGUGGCCCCAGGUUCUCGUCUCUGGGCCUGCUCUGGGCACUGGCCGUGAAGAUGGCGGUGGAGGAGAUCAACAACGGGUCUGCCCUGCUGCCCGGGCUGCACCUGGGCUACGACCUCUUUGACACGUGUUCAGAGCCCACGGUGGCCAUGAAGCCCAGCCUCAUGUUCAUGGCCAAAGCAGGCAGCUGCAACAUUGCCGCCUACUGCAAUUACACACAGUACCAGCCCCGCGUGCUGGCCGUCAUCGGGCCCCACUCGUCCGAGCUCGCCCUCGUCACCGGCAAGUUCUUCAGCUUCUUCCUUGUGCCCCAGGUCAGCUACGGCGCCAGCACCGACCGGCUGAGCAACCGGGAGAUCUUCCCAUCCUUCUUCCGCACGGUGCCCAGCGACCAGGUGCAGGUGGCGGCCAUGGUGGAGCUGCUGCAGGAGCUCGGCUGGAACUGGGUGGCGGCGGUGGGCAGCGACGACGAGUACGGCCGGCAGGGCCUGAGCCUCUUCUCCGGCCUGGCCAACGCCAGGGGCAUCUGCAUCGCGCAUGAGGGCCUGGUGCCGCUGCCACCAGGCAGCCUGCGGCUGGGCGCCCUGCAGGGCCUGCUGCGCCAGGUGAACCAGAGCAGCGUGCAGGUGGUGGUGCUGUUCUCCUCCGCCCACGCGGCCCGCACCCUCUUCAGCUACAGCAUCCGCUGCAAGCUCUCACCCAAGGUGUGGGUGGCCAGUGAGGCCUGGCUGACCUCAGACCUGGUCACGGCGCUGCCCGGCAUGCCUGGGGUGGGCACCGUGCUGGGCUUCCUGCAGCAGGGCGCCCCGAUGCCGGAGUUCCCAUCCUACGUGCGGACCCGCCUGGCCCUGGCCGCUGACCCUGCCUUCUGCGCCUCGCUGGACGCUGAACAGCCAGGCCUGGAGGAGCACGUGGUGGGGCCACGCUGCCCCCAAUGCGACCACGUCACGCUAGAGAACCUAUCCGCGGGGCUGCUGCACCACCAGACCUUCGCUGCCUACGCGGCUGUGUAUGGCGUGGCCCAGGCCCUUCACAACACACUGCGCUGCAAUGCCUCGGGCUGCCCCAGGCGGGAGCCUGUGCGGCCCUGGCAGCUCCUAGAGAACAUGUACAACGUGAGCUUCCGUGCUCGCGGCCUGGCACUGCAGUUCGACGCCAGCGGGAACGUGAACGUGGACUACGACCUGAAACUGUGGGUGUGGCAGGACCCGACGCCCGAGCUGCGCACCGUAGGCACCUUCAAGGGCCGCCUGGAGCUCUGGCGCUCUCAGAUGCGCUGGCACACGCCGGGGAAGCAGCCCGUGUCCCAGUGCUCCCGGCAGUGCAAGGGGGGCCAGGUGCGCCGCGUGAAGGGCUUCCACUCUUGCUGUUACGACUGCGUGGACUGCAAGGCGGGCAGUUAUCAGCGCAACCCAGAUGACCUCCUCUGCACCCAGUGUGACCAGGACCAGUGGUCCCCAGACCGGAGCACACGCUGCUUCCCCCGCAAGCCCAUGUUCCUGGCAUGGGGGGAGCCAGCCGUGCUGCUGCUGCUCGCGCUGCUGGCUCUGGCGCUGGGCCUGGCGCUGGCGGCCCUGGGGCUCUUCCUCUGGCACUCGGACAGCCCGCUGGUUCGGGCCUCAGGUGGGCCACGGGCCUGCUUUGGCCUGGCCUGCCUGGGCCUGGUCUGCCUCAGUGUCCUCCUGUUCCCUGGCCAGCCAGGCCCUGCCAGCUGCCUGGCCCAGCAGCCACUGUCCCACCUCCCACUCACUGGCUGCCUGAGCACGCUUUUCCUGCAAGCGGCCGAGAUAUUUGUGGGGUCGGAGCUGCCACCAAGCUGGGCUGAGAAGAUGCGUGGCCGCCUGCGGGGGCCCUGGGCCUGGCUGGUGGUGCUGCUUGCUAUGCUGGCAGAAGCCGCAUUGUGUGCCUGGUACCUGGUAGCCUUCCCGCCAGAGGUGGUGACAGACUGGCGGGUACUGCCCACAGAGGCGCUGGUGCACUGCCACGUGCACUCCUGGAUCAGCUUCGGCCUGGUGCAUGUCACUAACGCCAUGCUGGCCUUCCUCUGCUUCCUGGGCACUUUCCUGGUGCAGAGCCAGCCAGGCCGCUACAAUGGUGCCCGCGGCCUCACCUUUGCCAUGCUGGCCUACUUCAUCACCUGGAUCUCCUUUGUGCCCCUCUUUGCCAAUGUGCGCGUGGCCUACCAGCCUGCCGUGCAGAUGGGCGCCAUCCUCCUCUGUGCCCUGGGUAUCCUAGCCACCUUCCACCUGCCCAAGUGCUACCUGCUGCUGCACCGGCCGGAGCUCAACACCCCUGAGUUCUUCCUGGGAGACAAUGCCAGAGCACAGGGCAGCAGUUGGGGGCAGGGGAGGGGAGAAUCGGGGCAAAAACAGGUGACGCCUGAUCCAGUGACCUCACCGCGGUGAGCCUACUAGACUUAGUUGAGAUGCCCCCAAACUGAGUUCUUAUGAAGCAACCCAGACAGUACCUCAACUGCUGAGACUACCCCCAGCUCUAGAUCUUGACAGCAGGCUGACUGCUGACCUGGAUGCCACAAUGAUCCUUGGGCCUGCAGCACUCAGGAAGAUCCUCAGCACCCACCUGGGGCCCCAGAGAGACUCUGCCCCUGUCCCAGCCAAGCCCUGGCCAGGGCCUACCCAGGUGAUCCAGCCCUACUGUUCCAGAAUAAAGCCAACGAAAGUCUCCUCGGGGCUCCUUAGCUCAGACCAAGAGCUCAGGAAGGCCCCUAGCCAGACCACUUGAAGGCCAAGCUGGGCAUCACUUGCCUGGCCAGGCCCAGCCUGGAGACCCCAGCCAGCACCCCCUCCAAGCAUCACAGGGGUGGGAGGUUGGUGGGUGGUGGUCAGCUGUGCUGACUCCUCCGCAGAGGCACGUGACAGACCGUGGUUCCCAGAGUGGUGCAGGAAUAGUGAGCAGGACAGAAGCCCACUUAGUGGGGGAGGGAGACACCCAAACUCUUCCCCUCCCUGGCCCAACCCAAGCGGGUAAAAUGGGGUCAGCCGCCAGCAGCACCGUGGACAGAGCCCAGGCAGGGUGGUGGUGGGACUCAGCACCAAGGCCAGCACCCACGACGAAGACCCCUGGAGCCGGGAGGCAGCACCACGGACAGAAGACCAGCCACCGGGACUCUGCUGGCAGCCAGCACCGGGGACAGAGCCUUGUGGCUGUGGCUGACCGGGAACCCAGAGCGCAGCACCUGGCCAGUCCUGGGUCAGCUCUUAGCCAGGCCCUGGGGAGGCUGGACAAGUCUCCUGCGGUACCCCGGCAGGAGAGAAGAGACAGUCCACACGUCAGUCCCAUAAAAUUAAAUGCUUUUUAGUCUUUAAAAUAGCAUUUACACAGAAGCAGCUCUAUUAACUAUCUGGACGGACACUCUGACUUGAUACAGUAUCUACAGCGCAGAUGUGUGCAGGCCAGAAACGCCAGGAAGGAAGCGGCGUGAGUGGGUGGGCAGUCACCUGAGGACAGCAAGGAAGGGUGGGCUGCCUACCCCCUCUCCCCCAGACCCUGCCCCGGCAGCAGCUGCGUGCAUCUGUGCCCUCUGCCCCUCAGGGUCACAUCCCCACCACUGCUAGCUCAAACACAUGCCUCUCCUGUCUCUCCCUCACCAACCCUCCCACUUUCAGACACAACCUGUGUCCCUGCAUUCAGUCUGAGUCCCGGGGGCAGGGGGGCAGCUGACCUGGCCACCACCUUCCCCAGGGCACACAGGCCAGACAAUAAAUAAAUAAAUUAGAUCCCU